UCGUCGAGAUCCUGAAUUCCCUCCGUCUUUGUGCUGCCUCGUCUUUCAGAAAGCAGGCAGCAUUCGAGCUAGCAGGAAUCCGAUCCCGUCUCGUGUUGUCGAAAGGUCAGGCAGAUCGCGCAACGCCCCUCGCGCGGAAUAGAGCCUCACGGUAGCAUUGAUGUUCUCAUGCCAGAUUCCUCUUUCCGACUCGAGAUUCAGCUGAGCUUCACCCGUGUCUGCCAUCACCAUCAUCAUGUCGCGCUCACUCAUCGCACACGCCACCACCCGUGUCCCGGUACCUCCCUCCGUUCCGAAACUCACGGCCAGUACGCGAAACCGUCGAGACCUCUCAUUUCCGCGUAAGCCCCCACUCGAUGCGCGGCCACCGCUCGACCCCUCUCGUCGUGCGCCAGGCAGCCUCUCUUCUCCCCUUUCCCACCCGUCGUUACGCCCCUCCGCUCACCGUUGCUGUCGCCGGCUCUGCUGGUCCCUAAGCGCCACCCCCUCGCGAGCUCUCAGCGGGAUUCGCCGAGGCCCGAAUGAAUGUCGCCGCGCCGUCACGGUUGCCUCGCAUGGCCUCGGCGACGGAAAAGCGGCGUCGUCCAGCGAUGAACCGGCGACGAGCAGCGGGGCGUAUUCGGACCGCCGGGUCAGGGACAGUAGCCGUGCGAUCCCAGACACAGAUUCCGACAUUAACGAUACCGCCAUUCCACCCUCUUCCUCCGCCUCUCUCCCCCCCUCAAGCUUCCCCGCAUGGUACUUCACCCCGCGCCAGGUGGCAGCCCACUACAUGGUGAAUCCUGACGUGGGCCUGUCCGAAUCCGACGUGGCGCGGCGGCGCGCAGUGCACGGGUGGAACGAGCUGGACCGUCCGGCGGGCACGCCGUUCUGGAGUCUCGUCUUGGACCAGCUCAACGACACGCUCGUUCGGAUCCUCGUCGUCGCCGCCGUGGUGUCGCUCGCGCUGGCAGUGGCGGAGCAGGGGGGGGAAGGGGGAGGCGGAGCGGGGGGACUGGCGGGGUACACGGAGCCGCUGGUGAUCGUGGCCAUCGUGGUGCUCAACGCGCUCAUCGGCGUGUGGCAGCAAGUCAAGGCGGAGAAGUCGCUGCAGGCGCUCAAGGACCUUCAGCCUCAGACGGCUCGUGUGAGGCGGGCAGGCGCGUCCAGUGGAGGUGAAAGCGGCACGGAGGAGGAGAGUGCCAUGGACGACGCGAGCGACAGAGGGAAAGGCGGCGACGGGCCCGUCAGCCAGGUGGUAACCAUACCAGCAGCACGGUUUGUAACGAUACCGGCGCGGGAGCUGGUGCCGGGGGAUGUGGUGGAGGUGCGGGCGGGGGACAGAGUCCCUGCUGACAUGCGCAUAGUCAGGGUGGUGAGCGGGUGCGUGCGGCUCAACGAGUCGAACCUCACAGGGGAGAGCGAGCCGCAGGUGAAGCAGACAGAGAGGGUUGAGCCGAGGGGAGGAGGGGAGGAGGCGGUGGAGCGCGGAGGAGUGAGGGUGGAAGAUAGGGGGAACGAGGAGGAGGGGGGUGGGUGGGCGAGGAGUGGUGUUGGGAGCAGUGGGAGCAGUGGGGAGGAAACAGGGGAGCAGGCGGAGUGGGAGGGCAGGAGCAGUAGCAGAGACACUCUCCAGAUCCAGUCUAAACUGAACAUGGCGUUCGCGGGCACGACAGCAGCGACGGGGUCGUUCAUCGGGGUGGUGGUGGGCACGGGCAUGGGCACGGAGGUGGGGCGCAUCCAGGCGCAGAUCACCGCGGCACAGGAGGAGCAGGAUGGAGAGCUGUACGACACGCCCUUGUCGCGCCGCCUGGAGGAGUUUUCAAGGGCGCUCACCCAGGCGGUGGGCGCCAUGUGCGUCUUCCUCUGGGUGGUCAACGUGGACCGCUUUGUCAUCUGGGACGGUGCAGCCAAGACCCUGGCGUUCAAUGCGCAGCAAGCUACGUUCUACUUUAAGGAGGCAGUAGCGCUGGCUGUAGCAGCGAUCCCCGAGGGCCUUCCCGCCGUCAUAACCACGUGCCUGGCGCUGGGCACGCGGCGCAUGGCCGAGGCCAACGCCAUCGUGCGCCGCCUGCCGUCCGUGGAGACGCUGGGGUGCACCACCGUGAUCUGCUCCGAUAAGACCGGCACGCUCACCACCAACCAGAUGGCGGUUGCCAGCCUGGCGGUGCCACGUGGCGCUGACGGGGACGUGCGGUGGUACGAUGUGUCGGGGACCACGUAUGACCCGGGUGAUGGGGAGGUGGUGGGAUGGAGGGGAGGAGAGAGGAGGGGAGGGGAAGGAUCGGGAGGUGAAGGAGGGGAAGGUGGAGGAAUGAGAGGUGUUGAUGGGAGAGUGAGUGCGAGUGUGGAGGGAAAGAAGAGCAGAGAUGUGGAGGGUGAGGGGGAUGCGAGUGUGUGGAGCAUGGCGGGCAUCAGCGCGCUGUGCAACGACGCCAGCAUCACAGUGAACAAGGGGCAGUACGGCUGCUCCGGCAUGCCCACUGAGGCCGCGCUCAAGGUGUUGGCAGAGAAGCUGGGAGUGCCAGCCGCCUUGCAACAGGCUGGACUAGAGGAGGCACGCAGGGAGGAACCAGAGAGCAGCCUGGGCGUGGCGUCUGCGUUCUGGGAGCGGCGGUGGCAGCGCUUGUGCACGUUCGAGUUCGACCGCUUCCGCAAGUCCAUGAGCGUGCUGGUCACGCCUGUGGGCGGGGAGGAGGAGACUUUCGCCGCGCCGAAAGAGCUGGCAGGGCGAGAAGGGAGUGGGCGGCAGCAAGGGGAGAUGCAGCAGGUGCAGGAGGAGGGCGAAGAGGGGGAGGAGAGAGGGACGUGGUUGCGAGCCGCAGGGAACCGGCUGCUGGUGAAGGGAGCAGCAGAGUGCGUGCUGGACCGCUGCACGUCCCUGCAGCUCCCCUCGGGCGCUGUUGUCCCGCUCUCCCCCGCCGCCCAUGCCAGUCUCGCCCGCACCAUCUCCACCAUGUCGUCCCAAGGCCUUCGCGUGCUCGCCUUCGCUUAUAGAGUUGACCUCCCGCCCGCCUUAGCCAGGUUGGGGGAGAGGAAAGGGGGCCAGGGAGGAGACAGAGCAGGUGAAGGGAGCAGAGAUCGGGCUGGGGGGGAUGGAGGGGAGAGGGGGGGAGACGAGAGAGAUGAGAGGAAAGAGUGUGCAGAGGAGGUGCUGGAGAGAGGUGAGGGGUGGAGUGAGGAGGUGCAGCGGUGGGUGGAGGAUGGGAGCCGGUAUGAGGAGCUGGAGAGCAGAUUGACCUUUGUGGGGUUUGCGGGGAUUCAGGACCCGCCACGGCCGGAGGUGCCGGCGGCGAUAGCGGCAUGCACGAGUGCGGGGAUGCGGGUUAUAGUGAUCACAGGGGACUCUGGAUCCACUGCCACGGCUGUAGCUAGGCAGAUCGGGCUGUUUGGGCGGGAUGGUGACACGGGCUCUUCUGACAUGGACUUUGCCCGCCACUCCUUCGCUGCUGCGGAGUUUGUUGGGCUGCCAGAAGAGCAGCAGCUGAUGAUCCUGGCAGGGAAGACAGGCGGAGGCGAGGGAGGGGGAGCAGGCGGAGGAGGAGGAGGUGGAGGUAGUGGCGCAUUGAGGGGCGGCAAUCUGGUGUUUUGGCGUGCGGAGCCGGUGCACAAGCAGCAGAUCGUGCGCGCGCUGAGAGCGCAGGGCGAGGUGGUGGCGAUGACGGGCGACGGGGUGAACGAUGCUCCGGCGCUGAAGCUGGCGGACAUUGGCAUCGCCAUGGGCGCCACCGGCACAGAGGUGGCGAAGGAAGCAGCGGACAUGGUGCUGGCCGACGACAACUUCGCCACAAUCGUCGAAGCGGUCCGCGAGGGCCGCGCCAUUUUUGACAACAUGCGUGCGUUCAUCCGCUACCUCAUCUCGUCCAACAUCGGGGAGGUCAUCGCCAUCUUCGCCGCGUCCCUCCUCGGGCUGCCCUCCUCCUCCUUCCUGCUCCCAGUGCAGCUCCUCUGGGUCAACCUAGUGGGGGACGGCGCCCCUGCCGUGGCCCUGGGGUUCACGCCACCGGAGGCCGAUGUGAUGGCGCGGCCGCCCCGGGAGAGGGACCAGGGGCUCGUGUCCCCGUGGGUGCUCGUGCGGUUCGGGGUGCUUGGGGCGUAUAUCGGUGCUGCCACUGUUGGGGUGUUUUCAGUGUGGUUUUUGAACGGGGAGCCGAUGGGAAUGGGGGGGAGUGUGGGGAUGGGGGUGGGGAGUGCGGAGGAGGAGAGUGCGAGGGGGAGGGGUUUGAUGGGUGGAAGCCAAGGGUGGUUUGCACCAUUUGAGUUGGGGAAGGAUGGGCAUUCGGCGGUGACAUGGGAGCAGCUCUCUCACUCCAAAACUUGCUCUGCUUGGGCUGCUCCUAAUGCUGCUGGUACUGGUGUUGCUGCUCUGAACGCCCCUCCGCUUGUGGACUCACCAUCAGCAGCUGCAAGAGGCCGGGAAGAGCCAGUAGCAGCAGUAAGAGAACGAGACCAGGCAGCAGCAGCGACAGGUUCAGCAGAAACUUUACCCAAUUCGCUGUUCAAUCCUCAACCCACAUACACAGUAGCAGGCGGCGGAAGCGUCUCCUUCCCCACCCCGUGCGACUACUUCACCUCGGGCACCGCCAAGCCCUCUACUCUCGCCCUCUCCACGCUCGUCACCAUCGAGAUGCUCGUAGCCCUCAGCUCGGUGUCGGAGUACCGCAGCCUGCUGCACACGCCACCCUGGAUCAACAAGUGGCUCAUGCUGGCCGUUGCUGCGUCCAUGGGGCUCCAUGUGGCGCUGCUGUAUUCGCCGCUGGCCGGUGUAUUUGAGGUGGUGCCGCUGACGUGGCAGGAGUGGGCGCUGGUGCUGGUUUUCUCGCUGCCCGUGCUGUUGGUGGAUGAGGGGCUCAAGCUGGUUGGCAGACAGAUCUUCACGUGGAGAAAAUGAGGGUGUUAGUGAGAGGCAGGCGAGGCAGGAGAGGCAGAAGUGGCAGGAGAGGCAGGAGAGGCAGGAGAGGCAGGAGAGGAAGGGGCGGCAGGAGAGGCAGGAGAGGCAGGAGAGGCAGGAGAGGCAGGAGUGGCAGGAGUGGCAGGAGAGGCAGGAGAGGCAGGAGAGGCAGGAGAGGCAGGAGUGGCAGGAGAGGCAGGAGUGGCAGGAGAGGCAGGAGAUGCAGGAGAGGCAGGAGAGGCAGGAGUGACAGGAGUGGCAGGAGUGGCAGGAGUGGCAGGAGUGGCAGGAGAGGCAGGAGAGGCAGGCGAGGCAGGAGAGGCAGGAGUGGCAGGAGAGGCAGGAGUGGCAGGAGAGGCAGGAGAGGCAGGAGAGGCAGGAGAGGCAGGAGAGGCAGGAGUGGCAGGAGAGGCAGGAGAGGCAGGAGAGGCAGGAGUGGCAGGAGUGGCAGGAGCAUCAUUAGCCAGGCAUUGGUGCUGGUCUUCCCGCUGCCUGUGCUGUUGAUUGAUGACAAUCAGAAGCUCGAGGGCAGGGAAAUUUUCACGCGGAGGUAGUUGAAGGCGUUUGUGAGUGGCAGGAGUCGUGUUGGUCUUAGGGCGAAUUCCUACGAACCAGGAUCAGAAACGAGUUGGAUCAGGAUCAUGCGGUACUGUGCGGUGCGAGUGUUUGAAUCGUGUUUCAGUGCGGUUCAUUUUGGUUGCGCGCGUUUCUGAUUCUGAUGUAAUUUCGUAGGAUUUCUCCUUACCGUAUUCCCUCGUAUAUAACACCCCUAGGGUAUUGUAAAAAAACCAUAAAAAAAAA